AUGGGGAGGAGAUUCAAAGUUUAUAUCUACCCAGAUGGUGAUCCAAAUAUGUUCUAUCAGACGUUGAGGAAGCUUAUAGGAAAGUAUACGAGCGAGGGAUAUUUCUUUAAGAAUAUCCGAGAGAGUAAGUUUCGCAAGGACAAUCCAGAUCAGGCUGACCUCUUUUUCAUUCCGAUCUCUUGGCAUAAGAUGAGAGGGAAGGGAGGAAUCAACAAAGCUAAAAUUCCAAACUUAGAGAAGCGUGUGGUUAGAGAGAAUAAUGUGGAGGAGGAGUUAUCGGAUUUGUAUCAUUCACCGGAGAUAUUUAGGUUGACUUAUGCGGAGAUGGUGAGGAGAUUCAAAGUUUAUAUCUACCUAGAUGGUGAUCCAAAUACGUUCUAUCAGAUGCCGAGGAAGCUUAUAGGAAAGUACGCGAGCGAGGGAUAUUUCUUUCAGAAUAUCAGAGAGAGUAAGUUCUGUACGGACGAUCGAGAUCUGGCUGACCGCUUUUUCAUUUCAAUCUCUUUCCAUAAGAUGAGAUGGAAUGUACGGUGUGUUCAAUUUUUUCAUCGUCGGCUAUGA